CCCGCCGCGAGGCGGGGCGCUCGCACAACGCGGUGGCUCUUCCUAGCGGCGGGCGGCUCCUUCCCUCGCUGCCCGGCUCCGGGAGAGGCCAGCUGGGGAGCGGAGCGCCGCGCCGCGGGAGAGCCCGUGGCUGAUAAUUAAGAGCCAUAAUGACAGAUGCAAGAGAUGGACGGCAGUCAGGGGAAGAUGUGUCAGAUGCAAAAUCUUUUCCUGGUUCCAAAGGAAAGAGCCUGCCUGUUAGCAAAUCCAUGGACUCUGGAAUGCUGCCAGACUACAGUUACAGAAUGGACUAUCCAGAAAUGGGAGAAUGUGUAAUAAUAAACAACAAGAACUUCCACCGAGAGACUGGAAUGUUACCUCGUUCAGGUACCGAUGCAGAUGCUGCAAGUGUCAGAGAAGUUUUUAUGAAGUUAGGAUAUAAAAUCAAGCUUAACAAUGAUCUUUCAUGCAGGGACAUCUUUAAACUACUGAAAAACACUUCUGAAGAAGAUCACAGCAAGAGAAGCAGUUUUGUUUGUGUAUUGCUAAGCCAUGGUGAAGAAGGACUAAUCUAUGGUACAGACGGUCCUCUUGAACUGAAAGUACUAACAAGCCUUUUCAGAGGUGAUAAGUGCAGGAGUUUGGCAGGAAAACCCAAACUCUUCUUCAUUCAGGCUUGUAGAGGGACAGAAUUAGAUUCGGGUAUUGAGACAGACAGUGGAUCAGAUGAACCAAUGUGUCAAAAAAUACCUGUAGAAGCAGACUUCCUGUAUGCAUAUUCUACUGCUCCAGGCUAUUACUCCUGGAGAAAUGCAGCUGAAGGCUCCUGGUUUAUUCAGUCACUAUGUAGAAUGCUGAGGGAACAUGCAAGGAAACUUGAACUCAUGCAGAUUCUAACUCGAGUAAAUCGCGCAGUGGCAGAAUAUGAAUCCUGCUCAACUCGGCAGGAUUUUAAUGCAAAAAAACAGAUUCCAUGCAUUGUUUCUAUGCUCACCAAAGAAUUUUACUUCCCUUACUGAAAAA